UGAUCCUUAAUCAAAAUAUAUAUUUUGUCUCCUAACAACUAUUUCUUCUACCAACAAAAUCCACCAUCUAUAAUGUAUCCAUCAAAAGUAAAUAAGCUUCAUAUAAGAUAUAUCUAAUCUAUCAAUGGUCCAUGUUUUUAUGCAGGAAUGUUGUCGACCCAAGAGACGUGUACUUUUCCUUUUGCAAGUAUCUCAUGUUUAUCGUGGACAUGGCGGAAUAAAGCUGCCCACUAAACCUGCAAAGCACUCUACUUCCAACAAUGCGACUACAUACAACACGCCAUAUCUUCCCCUUUUGGUCUUUCUCUUCCUUCCACAGUUUUCGAUCUCUCUAAACAAUGGUGUUGUCAUUCACACUGCUUUUUCUAGUUUUUGCUCACUAUCCCUACUCCACCUCCUCCUACCCAUCUUCUACAGAGUGGAGAUCUGCAAGGGCAACGUACUAUGCACCCGCUGAUCCGCGGGACGCCAUCGGCGGCGCGUGUGGUUACGGCGACGUGGAGAAAGCAGGGUAUGGGAAGGCGACGGCGGGGCUCAGUACUGUGUUGUUCCAGAAAGGACAGAUCUGUGGUGCUUGUUUUGAGGUCAGGUGUGUAGAGGAUCUCCAAUGGUGUAUUCCGGGGACUUCUAUUAUCGUGACAGCGACUAAUUUCUGUGCUCCGAAUUACGGGUUUCCGGCAGACGGCGGUGGCAAGUGUAACCCUCCGAAUCCCCAUUUUGUUUUACCGAUUGAGAUUUUUGAGAAGAUUGCGAUUUGGAAAGCUUCUAACAUGCCAAUUCAGUAUCGCAGGAUCAAGUGCAGAAAGGAAGGAGGAAUUAGGUUUACCAUUGAUGGAGCUGGAAUCUUCUUAUCGGUAAUGAUCAGCAAUGUUGCCGGUGCCGGAGACUUAGCUGCGGUGAAGAUUAAAGGUUCACGAACCGGGUGGCUUCCGAUGAACAGAAAUUGGGGACAAAAUUGGCAUAUAAAUGCAGACAUGAAAAAUCAACCUCUUUCUUUCGAGGUCACUAGUAGUGAUGGGUUAACUGUUACUUCUUACAAUGUUGCUCCAAAAGAAUGGAAUUUUGGUCAGAGUUUUGAGGGCAAACAGUUCUAAUCUUGAAUCUUGAAUCUUGAAUCUUGAAUAGUUUUUUAAUGGGACAUUCCCUUUUAUAGAGCCUGGUUUUUAGUUGUAUAAAAUAAUCUUUAGAUUUAAGAAAUAUUAUUAUUGACAAGAUCAGUUCUAAAAAUACAGAAUUGAAGGGA